GAGAUAGAGGGCUGAACAGAAAGAUGCUGAGAUUUCAAUACGUAACUGUGGCCUUGGUCUUAUAUUUAAAGGGUUCCCUUUCCCAGCUCAAUGAAUGUGGUCGUCCAACCUUAAACACCCGUAUUGUGGGUGGACAGAGUAGCUCAGAUGGGGCAUGGCCAUGGCAAGUCAGUAUACAGAGCCCUGUGUAUAACGGCCAUUUCUGUGGAGGAUCACUAAUCAACAAAGACUGGGUUCUGACAGCAGCCCACUGUUUCUCCAGCGCUAGCAUGUCUAGCCUGACUGUGUAUUUGGGGAAACAGACUUUAAAAGGCUCUAAUCCCAAUCAAAUUGCAAGAAGUGUUAAACAGAUGAUCAUUCACCCCAACUACAACAGUGCAACCCAUGACAACGACAUUGCCCUUCUGCUUCUGAGCUCCUCCGUCACCUUCACAAACUACAUCAGACCAGUGUGCCUUGCAGGUCAAGGCAGCAGUUUUCCAGCUGGCACCAAUUGCUGGAUUACAGGCUGGGGAAGCAUCGCUUCUGGAGCGAGUCUGCCAUCUCCUGGUGUGCUGCGCGAGGCGAAGGUGCCCACUGUCUGUACAUGUCUUUGUGAUUUUCUCCUGGGAUAUGGAUCCAUUACCGCAAACAUGAUCUGCGCUGGUUAUGUCCAAGGAGGUACAGACACCUGCCAGGGGGAUUCUGGAGGUCCGAUGGUGACUAAGAAGGGUGCAGUCUGGGUUCAGGCUGGUAUCACUAGCUGGGGUAGGGGCUGUGCUCAAGCCUACGCACCUGGUGUAUAUACUCUGGUGUCUCAGUACCAGACCUGGAUAUCCAGCAAUAUCAACCAGAAUCUGCCUGGUUUUAUCACGUACUAACACAAUGGUAGGACC